CUUUCUUCCCUUCCACCACCCACCCACCCCUCUCCCUCAAAAAACGCCGCAACCCCCCUCAUUUUCCUCCCCGUCUCCACCUCCUCCUCCAUACAUUCGAGCACGCCGGACGCGGACGCGGUCGGGAGGGAGAAAGCAGCAGGCGGCGCCGGCUCCCUCGCCCUUCCUCGCCGCCGAUCGACGCCGAUCGGGGCCGCCUGCACGCGGGGGAUGCCGAUCGGGGCCCGGGCGGCGCUGCGUCCAAUCUAGGGAAGCAGUUUGUAGUUUUCUCCAGUUGCCCGCCACCAUUUCCAACGGUUUCCACCAUUUGUCUAAUAGAUUAUUGGUGUUGUACUUAAGGUUUUCAUUCUUCAUGUUGUAAAGCAUAAAAGCAUUGCCUUUUUUGGGUCAUGAUUUGUUUUAUUCAAAUCAUUUGAGUACCAAGGAAGUACAUUAAAUCCUUGAUGCAACAUAAUAGGAUCACCAUGCUGUCUUCCUCGGAAACUUGCCAGCUUGGUUCUAGUUCUAGCAACUCUGCCAUCGAUCAGCAGAAUUUACUUCCCAACAACCCUACUGCAGAUGAACAGAUUUUGCUUCCCAAUGCAUUAGAGAGUGAGAGCUACCCACACUAUUUGCUCAAUAGUCAUGAGGUGGAAAUGCCAGUGGAAAGCCUGAAUGGUCAGCAAAAUACAAGCUUGAGCUUGUGGGAAUCAGCUGGAUCUAGCUCUAUGGGUUGCUUAGUUGAUCAUGGUAACUUUUUCCAUGCCAAAAGGGAGCAUCUUGCGCCUUCUCUAUCUAUUGGAGGCCCAUUAAGUAUAGACAGGAGGAGACAUGAAGCCACUAGUUCUUUGCCUUCACACAACUUAAACAUAGACCUCAACGUUAACCAGGCUGAUCAAUUUGGCUCUGAUGAUGUUGACCUUGUACACAGUAAUGGGCAAUCAGGAACAAAUACUGUUUCAGCCCACAGGGGCUCUUCCCUUACUGAGCGUAUUCUGCAUCAUGGAGUUUCUGAUGCUAUAGGAAGUUCUUCACGGAAUGCAGACUGUUUUGAGGGUGCAUCGGGCCAAGAAGUUCAUUUACUUGACAGUCAUCAUCCAACCUUUAAGAGAAAGUAUAUUGAUGGAUGUCAUGCAGAGUCUUCUGCCAAUGGAAGCUCACGCAAUCGUCACCUAAACAAUAAUACUCUGCUAGAAAGUUCAACUAUGCCAACCGCAACAAACUUUACUGUUCCGUAUCCUCCAGUGGAACAGCUAAACCAGAGUACUAAUAUUGCUUCAAGCUCUAAUUUGUCUGAUCGUUAUUCUUUGUAUAGUGAUCCACAUGAAAAUGAAUUCAUGCGAAAUACACGGAUGAGAAUAAGCCCUAGUGAUUAUGAUCAAUCGCUGCCCAAUCUAUUGCCUGAGGGGAGUUUCAGGUGCUCAGCUUAUCAGCCUACACAGUCUUCAUUUAUUCCAGUGCAACCUAGAAAACUGAGCUCUUCUGCCGGUUCUCAUAGUCGACCUCAUGUGCCUGCUAUUACUCAAUUUUCUCAAAAUCUUCACCGUCCAUCAUCAAAUGUUAGUCUUGGAUCAAGAAUUGGGAGUUCUUCCAGUUCUGCUGGUACUGGGAGUUCUUCCAGGUCUGCAAUACAGAUAUCUGCUUCGCAAGAUCCCAGUACUAGCUUGAUGGGAAGCGAUUAUCCUGAGCCCCUUUUGUUAGGUUCUUCUUUGUUUAAUGCUGAUUCAACAAAUUUCUUAUCUGCAUCUGGAAGCAGAACCAACCAGCAAAAUUCUGGCUCCAGCUCUGGUUCCAUGCUUAGAGCUGCUGUAAAUGUGGGAUCUCAACAAGUCCAUGGGUUCAAUGCAUCUCAGUCAAGUGCAACUUUAAGAGGUUCAGCUGAUAUGUCCAGGAGGUCCUUGAUUUCUGCUGGUGUUUCUCAUUCUAGAAGUUCAAGCAUCGCAUUGCAGCACCGCGGAAAUUCAUCCACAUCACACGAGGUUCGGAGUCAUCAGCCAGUAUCAAGCUCUCGUUCCCUGCAGCACUACUCAAGAGCAGGUCAUCCCUCCAUAGACAGGCAGAACCCUGGUUACUUGGACCUUCAGUCUUUUAUGCAGACAAUAGCUGCUUCAAGGGAAGGAGGCAGGCCAAUAUCUGAGCUCCGCAAUGUUUUCGAUCAGAUUCGUCAGGGAAGAAAUGCUAGACUUGAGGAUUUGCUUCUCAUUGAUCGAUCACUUAUCAUGAGGCGAGCUAAUUUGAUUGAUAGGCAUCGGGAUAUGCGGCUUGAUGUGGAUAAUAUGUCCUAUGAGGAAUUGCUGGCACUUGGUGAACGUAUUGGGUAUGUAAACACAGGGCUUAGUGAGGAGAAAAUUAUGAGUAGCUUGAAACAAUGGAAAUAUGCCAUAAGAGCAUUGGAUGAUCCUCCCACAUGUGUUGAACCAUGCUGCAUUUGCCAGGAAGACUAUGUGGAAGAUGAAGACUUGGGCAGACUGGACUGUGGUCAUGACUUCCACACCGCAUGCAUCAAACAAUGGCUUGUUAUAAAAAAUCUGUGCCCAAUCUGCAAAAAAACAGCACUGGGCACCUAAAACAUGGCUGCUGCAGCCCGCUUCUCAGGAAAUAGCUGGUAGCACCAUUAGGGCAAGUGGUUAUCAUUCCACCACACCCUCCCAAGAUCAGCAACUGGUUACAAGCAUGUUACACCUUCCCAUGAUCAACAUACAGGUGGGAAUUUAUACUAUAGGUGGUACAUGGCACUUACCUGAAGCCAAUGGCUGUAGACCCUGGAGUUUCAUCCUUGUUUUGUUCAAACCUAGAUUUGGGAUUUAAAAUUUAUUCAAUGACAUUCAAUUUACUUGGCAAUCUGUGAUAUUCGAUAUCA